UAAAGUAUACGGGUUUGGGUCUUUGUCUAUUUUUUCUUAGAGUCUCAUGAGUUGUUUAAAAGAGUCAUUUCCUCCAAUGUUUUGUUUUAAGGAAGGAGAUAUUCUUGGAAAUUGUUAUACUGUAAUUGGAAUUCUUAAUCGUGGUUCUUAUGGGAUUGUUUUAUUAGCUCAGGAUUCUCAGAAUUGUCAGGUUGCGAUUAAGGUCCUUUCUCACUCUACUCAAGAAUAUAAGACGGAAUUUGAAAUAUUAUCGACUUUACCUCCUUCGGAAUAUAUUAUUUCAUAUAAGACUUCAUUUUCUGAAAAUGAAUAUCUUUUUAUUGUUCUCGAAUAUUAUCCUCUUGGAGAUUUGUAUGAGGCUAUUAUAUCUAAUAGAUUGCCGAAGGAUACGGAAGCUAUUCGUUCAUUUAUGCUUCAACUCGUGGAUGGUAUUUCGUUUCUUCAUAAAAAUGGUGUAUAUCAUCGAGAUCUUAAGCCUGAAAAUAUUUUGCUUUUUCACAAUCUGGAAAAUAAUUCUAUAUCAGUUAAGAUUGGUGAUUUUGGCUUAGCGACUACACAGAAGAUUGUUAAUGAUGUUGGUACUGGAAGUAAUCGAUACAUGGCACCAGAACAAUAUGAGGUUCCUGUCUUCCAUUCUCUCGGAGUAUAUCAUUAUGAUGCAUCUAAAGUAGAUAUAUGGGCUCUUGGGAUUUGUCUUUUAAAUAUUGUUUUUUCUAAAAACCCUUUUAAAGUACCUUCUGUCAGCGAUUUGAUUUUUUUGGAUUAUAUGAGAGAUCCUAUUUCUCUUUUUGAUGUUUUUCCGAAUAUGAGUGAGGAUAUGUUUAAGGUUCUUCAAUGUUCUUUAGUCUGUUCUCCAGAAAAACGCUCUUUAGAUGAAAUGAGAUCUGCUAUUGAAAAUUUGUUUGAAUGGACAAUUGACUCGCAAUAUGUUGAAGAAAACACUGCUGAAAAAAAAUUAUCAGUAUUUAAUUAUGAAAAUAUUUCUACUACUGAGCCUAGAAAGUCUUUGCGCUCACCAAGCAUUACAUCAUUUCCACAUCAUACCCCUUUUUCAUGGUCAAAGGCUCUUCAAUCUACUGAUGUGACUGAAAACAAGAAUAAUGAUAAUACUGGAAAUAGUAUGUUUUCAAAUGUUCCUGUAUUUCUGGCUCAUAAGCCUGAGGAAAAUGGUGUGGAAAAAGAAAAAAGGGAUCCUGCUGGCCCUUUGAAAUCUGGACUAGCUACAAGUAUUGAAUCAUACUUUCAUAUUAAUCAGACAGGGAUUAUGGAUGAUAAAAAGAUACCUAAAAGCUCUCUUGAUACCACUGCUAAUAUUAUAUUCCCGACAAGUGUUAAAGGAUCAAAGAGCCAUCUUUUAUUUGGUAAAAGUUGGGCUGAUGAUGAUGAUGAUGAUGAUGAUGAUGAUAGUUCAGACGACGAUGGAUCUGGUAUUUCUUUGUAUAAUCCUCCUCAGAAGUUAAAUUAUAAUACUGAUGAAUAUACUGAAAAUGUAACUGAAGCGUCGAAUAAAAAAGGCAAUGAUCUUUGUUUAUGGACGCUUACAUUGGAAGAUAAUAUUUUAUAUUUUUAAGUAAUGUGUUUAUUUCCUUGCUUCAUGAUUUUUGGAUGUAUCUAA